AUGAAAGUGCAGUGCAAAAAUUAUUACUAUCUUCUUAGCGUUCUAUUUUUUAUAAAUGAAUUUCAGCUGUGCUUAUCGCAUGAAAUGGAGCAAAUCCCCAGUGAGUUUCCAUUCUUAAAACUUGGUGAUUAUACUCCCUCCUUACAGGAGUUAUUCGGAUCUAGUAUUGAAGAAGUUCUAACAUCAAUUCAUGAUUAUACAACAGAUGAAGAAGAAGAUGAUAACCAUAUAAAAAGUAAUAUUGAUUAUAAUAGUAAUACAGAUAAAGUAGAUUCAAUACAUAAUACAAAUCCUGAACUAGACAGUUUUGAUGAGUUAGUUGACGAAAUAGAUAAUGCUAAAAAGAUAAAAAAAUGUCUUCAAUUAAAUAUACACAAACGUCGCAGACGGGGUAGUUUUGAUGAUCUCAGCGACUAUGAAAAUUCUGAUGAAACAACAAAUAUAGAAGAACAAGAAAAUGAGGAAGACGAGGAUAUGGAUGAACAAUUUGAAAUUAUCUAUCACCCUUUUUAUCCUAAUAUGGAAAAAUUCAUGUCAAAUAAUAAUGAACAUCAUAAUAAUACUACAGGGGACGGCACGUUUUCAAAGGAAGAACUUGAACUAUAUGAUUCUGAACAAGGAAUAAAUUUGGGCAAACUUGAAUUUUUUGGUUUAAAUAAAAUAAAUUCAAAAAGAAGCAAUAAUUACAAUUCACACAGAACACAGACUGAAACUAAUUCGUCGAACGAUAAAACAAAUUCAAAAGAUUCGCAUGAAAAUAUAAAAUCAGAAAAAAGAAAACAAAGAAAAUAUAAACAUAUGCAAAAGAAUCCCCUUGAAAAUUUUUCUAUUUCACCAACAUAUGAUGAUUUCCUUAUAAAUCAGAAUUUAAAAGACCAUGAAAUGACACAAUUAAUGUUACCUGGAGAGCAUUUCUUACUCGAUUCGAGUUUCCAUAGAGUAGUAAAAUACACAAAUGUUAGAUUAUAUAUAUUGAAACUUAUAUAUAUGAACCUAAAAAACAUAGAUCCUGCAAACAAAGAAUAUUUAAUAAAAAACAAAUUUGAAGUUGAACUUUUUGUUAAAAAAGUAUUACGUGAAAACUAUAUAUGUUUUACUCAUUUACAAGAAGAACGUUUGUUAAGUGAUGUCCAUGCUUUCAUAAAUAAAGCUAUAAAUAAAAUAACUUAA